CGGGGCCUGGAGUUUGGGGCCUGCUCGGAGUUUGGGGCCCGGACCUUGGGGUCCGCUCCGUGCGCCGGCCGGCCCUCCGCCCCUCGCGCCCCCUCGCGCUCCGGGCGGGCCCUGCACGUCUCGCGAGCGGCCCGGAGCGGCGGGGGAGGCGGGGCCGGGCAGGGCAGGGCUGGGGCGGCGCCGAGGCCCGGCCGGAGCGGAGCCCGAGCGGAGCGGGCGGCGGGGGCCGCGGGCGGCGAAGAUGGCGAACGUGGGGCUGCAGUUCCAGGCGAGCGCGGGGGACGCGGACCCGCAGAGCCGGCCUCUGCUGCUGCUGGGCCAGCUGCCGCACCUGCACCGCGUGCCCUGGAGCCACGUCCGCGGGAAGCUGCAGCCCCGGGUCACCGAGGAGCUGUGGCAGGCCGCUCUAAGCACGCUCAACCCCAACCCCACGGACAGCUGCCCCCUCUACCUGAACUGCGCCGCCGUGGCCGCGCUGCCCUCGCGGGUGAGCCGGCACAACAGCCCCUCGGCAGCGCACUUCGUCACCAGGCUUGUGCGGACCUGCCUGCCGCCGGGAACGCACCGGUGCAUCGUGAUGGUCUGCGAGCGGGCGGAUGUCUUCGCCUCCGCAUGUGCCCUGGCCCGAGCCUUCCCGCUGUUCACCCACCGCUCAGGCGCUUCCAGGCGCACUGAGAAGAAGACGGUCACAGUGGAGUUUUUCCUGGUGGGACAAGACAACGGGCCAGUGGAAGUGUCCACACUGCAAUGCUUGACAAAUGCCACGGAAGGCGUGCGGCUGGCAGCCCGCAUUGUGGACACACCCUGCAAUGAGAUGAACACAGACACCUUCCUUGAGGAGAUUAAGAAAGUUGGAAAAGAUCUGGGGAUUGCCCCAACCAUCAUCCGGGAUGAGGAGCUGAAGACCAGAGGGUUUGGAGGAAUCUAUGGUGUUGGCAAAGCCGCCCUCCACCCCCCAGCUCUGGCCGUCCUCAGCCACACCCCCGACGGAGCCACCCAGACCAUUGCAUGGGUGGGCAAAGGGAUCGUCUAUGACACCGGGGGUCUCAGCAUCAAAGGGAAGACCACCAUGCCCGGGAUGAAGAGAGACUGCGGUGGGGCUGCAGCCAUCCUAGGGGCCUUUAGAGCUGCCGUCAAGCAGGGUUUCAAAGACAACCUCCACGCGGUGUUCUGCUUGGCCGAGAACUCCGUGGGGCCCAACGCCACGAGGCCUGAUGACAUCCACCUGCUCUACUCAGGAAAGACAGUGGAAAUCAACAACACGGAUGCUGAGGGCAGGCUGGUGCUAGCUGAUGGCGUGUCCUACGCCUGCAAGGACCUGGGGGCUGACAUCAUCCUGGACAUGGCCACGCUGACCGGAGCUCAGGGCAUCGCCACGGGCAAGUACCACGCUGCCGUGCUCACCAACAGCGCCGAGUGGGAGGCGGCCUGCGUGAAGUCCGGGAGGAAAUGCGGGGACCUUGUGCACCCCCUCGUCUACUGCCCCGAGCUGCACUUCAGCGAGUUCACCUCGGCCGUGGCCGACAUGAAGAACUCUGUGGCGGACCGGGACAACAGCCCCAGCUCCUGUGCCGGCCUUUUCAUUGCCUCACACAUUGGCUUCGACUGGCCUGGGGUCUGGGUCCACCUGGACAUCGCCGCGCCUGUGCACGCAGGUGAGCGCGCCACGGGCUUCGGGGUGGCCCUCCUCCUGGCACUCUUCGGGCGAGCCUCUGAGGACCCCCUGCUGAACCUGGUGUCCCCGCUCGGCUGUGAGGAAGACCCCCAGGAGGGGGACACGGAGAGGGACUCCAAGAGGCGCAGGCUUGUGUGAGGCUGGCUGCCCGCCUGGCCCAGCGGCAGGGGCUCUGCCUCACUUUGCACUGAUUGAUUUUAAGCAAUUGGAGGAUUGUACCUUAAGAUGGGCUUUGGUUUGUUUCUGUUUUUAGUUGUGAUGGUGAUGGAAAUGGCUCCUUGUGUCUUUGACAACAGCUCAGGGGCGGGCGGGGCGGGGCGGGGCGGGGGCCCUGAGGAAGGGCUGGCAGCAUUGGGCUGUUGGCGCGGUCGGCACGCCUCCCCCCAGCCUCUGCGCCGUGCUUCCUGGGGCCUCCGCAUGGGCAGCCCAACGCCUUUGGCCUGCUGGCCCCCAGGCCUCCUGCAUCCCCUUGGUGCCGAGAUGGGUGGCUGGGGCCCUGGGUCCUGCCCCAGGUUCCCCACGUGGCCCACAUCACAGAGAGCCCAGCCCGUGCUCUGGCCCGGGCUGCUGCUGUCUCCAGACAGCUCCCCCUUUUGAAAGGAUGGAGGCGACUUGCUUUGGGGACUCCGUUUUAUAAAGCGAGAGGAGCCUCUGCGCUGGCCCCUUAGAAUUCACUGGCGGUUGAAUUAAAUAUGGCUGCACCACAUCACA